UUUUCCGAGUGCGCCAUUUCUUUUCUCGUCCGAACCAAGAUGGCGGCGGUCGCUAUGAGGUGCGCGAGGGGCCUGGCCUUUCGAGCCACAAAACUCGUCACUCCGACACAGAGAACCACCUACUACGGUGCCCAGACAUUUAGAAGGUUCAGCAGAACAGUCACGGCCUUCGAACCAGUGAGGAAGUUUACAAAAGAACACGAGUGGAUAACUAUGGAUGGAACCACUGGUACUAUUGGUAUCACCAACCAUGCUCAGGACAAGCUAGGCGAACUUGUCUUUGUGGAGCUUCCAGAAGUUGGAGCAGAAUUAAGCAAAGGAGACGAGUGUGGUGCGGUGGAGAGUGUGAAAGCAGCGAGUGAACUGUACGCCCCAGUCAGCGGGGAGUGUGUAGAAGUGAACAUGGCCUUGGAGGGGGAUCCCAGCCUCGUCAAUUCCUCCCCUUAUGAUGAAGGCUGGAUACUAAAGAUGAAGCUGUCCAACCCAGAAGAGUUGGACGACAUGAUGGAUGAAGAAGCGUACAAGGCUUACGUGAAGGCGGAGGACCAGGAUGCGUAGACCCCCAGCUCUACGCCUCUGGUCUACACAGCUAGUCUUCUGAUAUUAGACCUAUCUAGGGGGAGGGUGUGGUGUAUUAAAUAGUCGGGCAGCUACAGGGGGUCCCAGAAAAAAUUCUACCCAACUUUGUAGGGUUAUUGUUGCCCCCUGGUGAAGUGCAUCAAAAAGUAAGUUUUCUGUAAAAUACAACUAAUAUUGUUUCCAUUGAUACCCUCACGACAUGAUUACAGUUCUUUAUCACAGAGCGCUGUUGGUUUUAAGCUACAUUGUGUAACACAAGGACAAUAAGUAAUAAGUAAAUUUUCUGUGUUACAUAAUUCACCUUCAAACAAUGGUACAUGUGAAUGAAGAUAGAGGGGUGUUAUGAUGGUAUCUAUCGAAACUAUAUCAAUUCUACUUUUUUGAAAAACUUCUAUCAUAGAUGCACUUCCCAAUUAAGUAACAAUAACUUUAUAGUUGGGUGUCCUUUUUUUUCUGGGCCGCCCUGUAUAGUCACAUAUUUUGGCUGCUUUCAAAGCUUGUCACUCUAAGCAAACACAGGUACCAUGGAAACGUCAAUGUUUUUUUUUCUUUUUCAAAAAUAUUCAGAUGUUUGAAAAGCUAGAUUUGUAUUGUCCUGAAUAUACUUGCUGUCCAAAGGAAUGUUGAAGAUUUACUUCCCAAUUUUGUCUUGUAGGGGAAAGUUUACUGGUGAUGAAAAUUAGCGUCUAGAUGAGGGGGGUUCAAACUCUUGUUUCAUCCACACUUGGUCCUUAUGCCACACCAAUUUAAUUUCUUGGUUAACGGAUUUUUCUACAAAAAUAAUGGAGCGGGCGGGCGAAAAAAAAAUAGAAAUAAACACAGGC